UUUCCGAACAUGUAACAGGCAAGUUAGUAUUGAUGGUUCUAUUAUUUGUGAUGGAUGUUAGUCCUAAAUCUCAAGUUAUACCUACAUAGUGUAGUUCCAGAAAACAAUUUACAAAAAAUCAUGUAAAAUGUACAAGUUUUAAGAGUAUUUAAAAAUGGCAUUUGUUUAUAGCUGUUGCUUUUGGUUUUCUUUACGCUUGGGCGGUAUUUUGAUCGGUAUAUUUUCUUUAGUGCAGGCCUUGAUAGUAUUGAUCGGGUGCGCCCUGGCUUACACACACCCCGACCAAGCGAAGGAUAACAUCGCGAUGUGGACUCACAACAUGAUAUUAAUUUAUACAAAGGAUUAUAUAGAUGAUAUUUUGACACAUUUCAACCGGUAUAUCACUUACGGGAUAACAGUCACGUGUUUGUACAUAUUGACAUGUAUCUUAUUCAUUUACGGGGCAUAUACGUUCCAGAACAUCCUCCUCAUUGGAUUUAUCCUGGCAGAGCUAAUCCGGCUGCUAUUUUUGUCAGCCCUGGUGGCCACAGGCUUACUGGUUCUCAAGCAGAACACUAUGGACAUAGGACUUCUCAUCGGCGCUAGUGUCGCCGGCGGCUUUCUUCUUUUGGGAAUGUUUUACCUAUGGGUGUGCGCUCUGAAUUUGCCGGUGCUGAUAAAUGAGAUGGAACGUGACGAGCAAGCAGCGACCAUCGCGAAGCUACGACAAGUCCUCGAGAUGACCAACUCCAACCAACUGAGGGCCGCUCAGGGGCUGGACGACCCUAUACCGCUGGCCAACGACAAGAUUCGGGGACCGAUAUACACAGUGCCGCGGAAAAAAGGAAAUGAAUUUGUCUCGAGGAUUCCUGUAUCGUUUUAUUCGAACGUGAACUGAAAUGAUAAAACUUUAUUAAUUGCAAGCUUUACACUAAAUAGCCUCUUGCAAAUUCAUAAAAACUACCUACCUGCCUACCUGCAGAUUACUAGACUAGUCGUGAUUCUAAUAAUAUGUACCUAAAAUC